AUGACGAACCACGAUAGUAUAGCGUCUCUUUCGUACAGGUUAGAGUUCUUCAUUUACACACCUGUGAUCUAUCAAGGAACACUCAUACACCUGCAAACCUUUUGCCCUAACAAAUGCCGCGGCAGUGAAAACCCCCGAAAGCCCCAAGUGGUGAUCACGAAGAAUCUUCCGCCUUCGGCCACCCGAGACACUAUUACUCGAACGUACCUCAAAACCAAAUAUGACGCAGGCGAUAUCUCCGCAGCUCUGGCCUACGAUCCCGAAGGAUCUGAGAAUAGGAUCAGCGCACGCGAAGCAGGUGUGAAGAUCGCAGUCGACGAGGCAUUGUCCAAGCUUGGAUAG